UCCCCACGCUAUCGACUUACGCCUUGGAACACAUCCUGCCGAAAACAGACUAGAAGGGAACCCCCUCUGUGUGCUGAGCUGGAUCUCGCUGGAAGGGCUGAGCCUAGAGCCUUAAGUCUCAGCAGGAACUGCUGGACAAUUAGCUGCUCAUGAGAAGUGAUCUCGCGUAGUUCACGUGUAGAGCUUGGACACAGGGGAGGGAACUGAUUGUGAUCCCAGCAAUUGAUUGUAUACAUCCCUGGGAUUUGCCACUGUGCGGAUAGGCAUGGAUGGGAAUUUAGUGCUUGUAGAGGGGUGUCCGCCCCUUCAAAGAAGUUUCAAUGAUGUAGGCCCCAAGCUUACGAAAAAAUCUAAAAGAGGUGUUCUUUUUUUUGAGGUGGAGAUCCUGGAUGCCAAGACCCGGGGAAAGCUGUGCUUCCUGGACAAGGUGGAGCCCAAUGCCACCAUAGCAGAAAUCAAGUCCCUCUUCACAAAGUCCCAUCCUCAGUGGUAUCCAGCUCGACAGUCUCUGCGACUAGAUCCCAAGGGGAAGUCUCUAAAGGAUGAGGACAUCCUUCAGAACUUGCCAGUGGGCACCACAGCAACCCUGUAUUUCCGGGACCUGGGAGCCCAAAUCAGCUGGGUGACGGUCUUCCUCACGGAGUACGCUGGGCCCUUGCUCAUCUACUUGCUCUUUUACUUCCGGGUGCCCUUCAUCUAUGGCCGAAAGUAUGACUUCACCUCCAGCAAGUACUCAGUUGUGCACCUGGCCUGCAUUUGCCACUCUUUCCACUACGUCAAGCGUCUCUUGGAGACACUCUUUGUCCACAGGUUCUCCCACGGAACAAUGCCCUUACGUAACAUCUUCAAGAACUGCACUUACUAUUGGGGCUUUGCUGCCUGGAUGGCCUACUAUAUCAACCACCCUUUGUAUACUCCGCCUGCAUAUGGACAUGAACAAGUGAAACUGGCACUUAUGAUAUUCUUGGUCUGUCAGCUGGGAAACUUCUCAAUUCACAUUGCUCUGCGGAACUUGCGCCCUGCUGGUUCCAAGGCCAGGAAGAUCCCAUAUCCUACGAAGAACCCCUUCACGUGGCUUUUUUUGCUGGUCUCGUGCCCUAAUUAUACCUAUGAGGUGGGAUCCUGGAUUGGUUUUGCCAUUAUGACUCAGUGCCUCCCAGUGGCUCUGUUCUCCCUGGUUGGAUUUAUCCAAAUGACCAUCUGGGCAAAGGGGAAACACCGAAGUUACCUGAAGGAGUUCCGGGAUUACCCACCACUGCGUUCACCCAUCGUCCCUUUCCUGCUCUGAGCUGGAGGUGGGAUGCCUCUAGGUCUGGGCCGGUAGUUUUGAUUUCGUUUUUUUUACCUUGUGAGCGGCUGUGAUUGGAGUCUAAAAUGGGGUUUUCUCUUGCUGUCUGCACUAUGAUUGGAGGGAAGCUGUAGGGAUCCUUGCUUCUGCAAGUUACUGUCCGCCCUGCCCCACACAUCUUUGUCCAUAUCCCAUUCCUGAGGCUUUCUGAGUUUGGAAUCAGCGUUCCCCACAAAGCGCCAUAAAUCCAAAGGCUGCAGCAGAGAACAGAGGGAACAAUCCAAUUUUACGGAGAACUAACCACACUGAAGCAGCUGCUGGGCAUUAUAUCUGCAAGAGCAGGUGCCAAAAACUGAAUCUAGGCAGCUGAAGCCUGAUCCAAAGAGAAGAGGCGUCUCUCCUCUUAACUGCUCUGGGCAACAGGCCUCAGCUCAUAAUUUUAGAGGGGCUCAGCGGCCCCCAAGCUCAGCUUUGGGCAUCCUUCUCGACUAAGUGAGCCCUCUAGUGGCUGUUACUGUGACAGCAUAAGCUGCCUGUGUCACUUUUCUUUGGGUCUUAGUAGUAGCUUUCUCAAGGGAGUGAUAGCGAUAAGGCCUCACGAUGAGGCUGACUUCCCCUCUUACCCAGCAUGGUUUUGUGCAUCCUUUGGCCCUUGCUCAACUGAUAGGCGUUGGUACUUGAGACCCACACUUUAAAAGCAGCUCAAUGGAGAGAUGGUGGGAACAAUACAGUCGCUGUAUUUUCCCCCCAAGGCGCAUUUGGUUAUGUAAUUCUAGCUACACGGAGCAGACAAGGAGGUGCAGAUUUGUAGCAAGAUAUGUGGGAGUGAUGAAAUACUGGUGCUAUAGAAACAAAGAAGGGGGGAAUUGGGUGUGGUCUGGGAGCAGCUACAGCAUUGUGUGGGUAGCUUCAGUAGCGCACAGUGCAAACCCAAGCGUUAAGUCUUAAGUGCAAAUGCCUCCCCCUUUUCCCUUAGUAAAUGGAUUCUAAUUAGCACUGAGCAGCCCUGCUUUUUCGCCCUGCUCCACUUGCUAAGCAGAAAGCAAAACUCAGCUGUGGGGGAAUGGUCCAGUAGGCCUUAUUUAGUCGGUCCUGGUCAUUGAAUGAGGGUCUGAAAAACCAAGCUUUCCGCAUCAUUUUCUAUUCUGUUGCCAGUCAAUUCAUGCAUUUUCUCUGGACUACAGGUCCACUUCUGCCUAAAAGUGUGUGUUCUUUACCAAGUGGCCUCAGGGCUAUAAUUGAAAACUAUACCUAUAGCACCACUGAGCAGCUCUUGUAAAAAGACUGCUUUGAAGCAAGCCUUGUACCUAUUUCUAGUUACUAAAGAAAGGAAGGGAAAGCGUGCAGUCUUUCUCUAGGAAAAGUGUUAUUGAAAUGGAGCUUCUCUGUGUUUGACAGUCUGAGAGGAUCUUGCUUCUUUCCCCGUUUGUCUUAAUGUUACUAAGGUUACAAUCCUACACACACUUACUUGGGACUUACUUCAAAGCAAACAUGCCUAGGGUCAGGCUGAAAGUUUGCAAUAGUCUUAGUUCAUGCUGCAUGUGAGCAGCGAGAUACUGGAAACCUGCUAGGCUCCAUGGCAGCUGUUAAAAUGAGCCAUUGACUUGCUGUGGUCUGUUUCAUGUGGAACUGACUUCCUGGAACUACACCAAUAAAAAUGAUCCAGCCA